AUGUGUGGUUUACACAUUUCUCUGCCUUGCCUACAAUUGGCUCUAUUGUUUUUAACUUUUUUCUUUUUUUUAUUGUUUCAGAAAGAGAUUCUGGGAUGUCUGUCUUUUUGCCACCUUUAUAUUAGGAGACAAAUUAACUGUAUUAAAUUAGGCCUUUCUAGUAUUACCAAGAAGUUUCCUAAAAGUACAGUGCUUUUAUAUCUAGGAAAUAAUUUAAUCUACAUAAAUUCAAAUGAAUUGAUAAAUCUUCAGGCUCCUGUAGCUCUAUAUUUGGGCAGCCUAGCAUUUUAUGUGUAUCCCACAGAAGUUUUUGUUGACUUGAAGCAACUAUAUUAUCUAUACCUAAAUAAUAAUUUAAUAAAAUGCUUAGAUCUAAGAAUAUUUUGUUCAGCUCUUUGUCAUUUGUAUUGCCACUCUAAUCAGAUAGCAUUUGUUCCAAGAGAAUUUAUUUAGUAAGAUACCUUGAGUUCAUUUUCUUACCCUGCAAAGAAAUCAUCUCUUCUGUCCUUGGAAAGUAGAACCUUCUCUGGAAUGAUUAGUCUUCAAACACUAGGUGAGGAUCAAAUUUCAAGGAUAUCAGCCUUAGCAUUUUUUCAUUUUGGAAAACUUAAGUGUUUUAACAAUUUAACAAAGGUCUCCUCAAAUGCUUUUGGCAUGCUUAAAAACUUUAAAAGGCUUUCUUUGUCCCAUAACCAUAUUGACUCAAUGCCUUUUGCAUUUAAAGGACUAGUCCAGUGGAAAUAUCUACUUCUGAAAAAUGCAAUAAUUUGAAAUGUUUAUAAGGAUCAGUUUGAUGGAAUUAAUAAUCUUAAACUUGAUUUGGAAAAUUAUUUAAAUUCUAAUAUUUUUAGAUUAUUAGAAAACUUAACUUACCUGCAGUUAAAUAGAAACAAAAUUGUCAGCAUUGAUGGUAAUACAUUUGAAACAGUGGAAGCUUCAUUAAAGUUUCUUAAUCUGUCAUUUAAUAAUCUUACAGACCUGCAUCCUAGAGUUCUUAAAACCUUAUCUUCAUUGAUACAUCUUCAAGCCAAUUAUUAUCCUUGGGACUGUAGCUACAAAUUGUUGAGCCUACGUGAUAACAACUUUAGCCAUUACUUGAACAUCUAUUGUCAGAAUCCUCCAUCAAUGCGUGGCAGAGCUUUGCAUUAUAUUAAGUCGACUGAAUUUACAGAUUGGCUUACUUCUCCAACUAAUGGACCACCAGCUUGGGCAAUAGAAUCUCUUCAGAUUCAUCACAAGACUAUGGCAUUAAUGAUGGCCUGGCAUAAAAUAGCUACAUUUGAGAAGUCUGAAACUGAGAGUGUUACCUUCAAAGGAAGAGUUUUGACUUCAACUCCCAAUAGAUUUUUUCAAGAACAUGCUUUUGAGAAUCCAUCAGAGACAACGACAGUGUUGCCGGUACAAAUACAGCUUAACCCUGUUAACUUGAGUAUGGAAAACAGUAGUGUCCCACCAACUGAUACUGUCUCUUUAGCACAAGAGACAGCUUUGAUUUGUACACAAGAGAUUGAGAAGUGGAAUCAGGCUUUUGACAUUUUGUUAGUUUUUUUCAUUUUAGCUUGUGUUGUGAUUAUUUUUCUCACCUAUAAGAUUAUUCAAUUUAAACAAAAACUUAAGACACAAGAAAAUUCAGGGGAACAUAAAUUAGAAUACUACAGUUUUUAUCAAUCAGCUAGAUAUAGUGUUACAGAACCCCUUUGUGGAAGGGCUCAGAAUCCACUAGGAAGAACAGUUAUGGAGCAGGUCGAACUUCCCAAACAAAUAAUGACUGAAAGUCAGGCCCAGGUCAUCCUGUUUGAACAUUCUGCCUUGUGA